GUAAACGCCCGUCAGAACAUUACAACAACAAAAGUACAGUUGAGGGCGCACUUGAAGUUUCACUUUCUAUAUCGUAUUUGCAUUGCAAGAUAAACCUGCGUGAUUUGAGCAAAAAUGCAAGAUAAGGAUCUGUUGUACCCCAGUCUUGCCAAGGAGAGGAGUAAGCACAAGAAGAAGAGGCUGGUGCAGAGUCCCAACUCCUACUUCAUGGAUGUUAAGUGCACAGGCUGCUACAAGAUCACCACCAUCUUCAGCCAUGCCCAGACAGUGGUACCUUGUGCAGGCUGCGCUUUAAUCCUCUGUCAACCAGCAGGGGGGAAAUGCAGACUAACUGAAGGCUGUGCCUUCAGAAAGAAAUAUUCCUGAACAGAAAAUGUGCAAAACACCCAUGACGGGCAGCUGGAAGACUGGACUAUAUAUUGGGUUUAAGUGUUAAAUCCUUAGUACAGAAAUGUAUCUGUACCUUGAAAAUGUGGAGUGGAAUGUCAUCCCCCUCCCCCGCAGUGUUUCAUACAAUAGAGCAGGAAAGAAUGAAUUAUAUCAGCAUGUAAAUCAUAUAAAGCACUUUUAUGUAGAGUAGUUUUAACUACUGCUAUUGAAUGAGUAAAACAUGUUUUGAAUCCUUCAAAAUGCACACAAAGUCCAAUGAGUCAUGAUUUCUGUAAAACAUUUAUUAAGUUGACAUGGGGGG